GGCCUCGCGGCAACACAGCGUCCGUUAUAUUGCCCAUUGUUGGUGGAAAUCCACUCGCAAUGUACGAGGACACUUGGUACAGCUUUGUGCCAGACGUGAAGCCGAAGAAAGAUGACAGCUCGGGGCAUAAGCUUACCCACCGGCGGAAAGAAUCACUUUUGAAGCAACCAAAUGAGAGCGACGUUCAACCAGCGAAUCCCCUAGAGCCCUUGGAUGAAGAGGAGUCUUUAAGUAAGGGCCCGCCACAGGCUACCAUUGCCCGCAGGGCGAAGUCAUAUACCGAUUUCUACCAUGUUGCCCACGCCCAGAUCACCAAGGAGGCCAGGAAGAUCCGAGAGCAAGAGCUGAGAGCUUUGAGGUUGUUAGAAAGUGGUGAUAAUGCAUCAUACGAGGGCAGAUAUGAGAUUGACGACGCGGUACUGUUAGAUGUGAGCCAGGAUGAGUUCCAGCUUUACAGAGACCAGCUGGCGCUUUCGGAACGACAUUUGGAUAACUUGGUGGAGGAUACCUCGAGAGCUUUGGAUUUACUGUCGAAUCUGUCGGACUCAUUUAAAGCGGUUGAGGUGCAAACAGCUUCCUUCCAGUCGCAAUGUGAGGAUCUUCUUCUGGAGCAGAAGCGUUUAAAAGAUCUCGCAUACGAAGUUGGAACGGACUUGCAAUAUUACUCAUAUUUAGAGCCCAUUACUCGGCGGCUGAAUGCCCCGGGAGCAUCCACCAUGAUUGGCGACGAGAGUUUCGUGGAGAUACUAUCAAACCUCGAUGCCUGUAUAGUGUUUAUGCGCCGACACCCAGAACAUAAAGAAUCAGAGACGUACCUUACGCGAUACCAGACUCUUCUUACUCGAACUUUCAGCUUGUUGCAGAUUUCGUUUACAAAUUCGAUUCGUACCAAACAAACGGAGGCUCGAGCUAUAUUGAGCAAGGCUGCUAAGUUGAAUACCACUACAGUAUACCUAAUACAGGCGCCCGACAUUCAUCCUACUGGGAAUCGCCUGGAACGUUCAAUCGAGCAUAUAAUAUUUAUGGCAAGGCCUGUCUAUGAUCAUUCGAUAAAGCAUGAUCUUCAGGGGGGCAAGGAGACUGCUGACGGUUAUUAUACUCUGUUCAAAUCGUUGAUGGAUGAGUACGUGCUGUCAAGGAAAGGUCUCAUGAGCGAAGUUCUGGGUCAAGUUCUCAAUGGCACAAUUGCAGAGGAUCACGACCCGAAGACAAAGUUUGGCAAAUAUGCUCGCGCCUGUUUCAAUACUACUUUAGAAGUAUGCAUGAACGAAUAUUCGAAGUAUGGCCUUUUUUUUUCCGGCAACAGGCGUACACAUAAUAAGGGCCGAACCGAUAUACACAAGAUCUGGAAGAGCCAAGAGUCCCAAACAAAAUACCUAGAAGACCUCUGUUCACUGGCCUUUCGAGUUCUCGAACCUCAUAUUCAACGUGCGGACACAACGACAACGACUCAACUCGCGCUCUGGCUAGACAGCUACGCCUCUUCAGCCGACGGGAAUGACGACGAAUCGUUUGAUGGAGCACAAAUCCCAGAUGGGAACAGAGAGCUAAAAAUACACUUGGCAGGCCAGUUGAAGAAGCAGACCACCCAAGUCAUAUUUACCCGAAUCAAAGAGAUUCUAUAUGCCAAUGUAUCUCGAUUCUUUCCAAAACCCGAAGACCUUGAGCCAAAGAACUCGACGCAGCAACCGGCCGAAGCAAACCGAUCUGGUGAAGAUGCUAGCGACGCAUUGCUCGAACCUGCGGAUACAGAUAUAGAUGGCCGGGCGUAUAAGGCCCUGGGCGAUGGAUUUUCAAAUUCCUACAAGCCUCUAAAAACCGGUGCUCAGCUGCUGAUUCUCAACAACGACUUGACAUUUGACGCUAAUAUUGGCAUGGGUAUGGGUGAAAUGGCAUAUGAAAUCAUUCACGAGACGUCCCUGUCUAUAAUGCGAGCCUCGGGAGAGGUUGCAAGGAAGGAUAAGAUUGAUUCGUAUAUUUUCGCCAUAAAGAACCUGGUUCUACUGAAGAAUCUCAUCCUUGCUUAUGAAAUCUCCGGAAGUCGCCAAGCAGCGGCGCUCGACUUCACUCGGAUGUGGACGACGUUCUCCGAGCUCCGCAAUCGGGGCGGCCUCUUUGACGUUCGCGCCUAUUAUACGCUUAUCACGACGGGCGAGCUGCUCCCAGAAGUAGUUACGACGGUGCAAGAUGCGCGCGUUGAACUUGAUGGGCUGCUCAGAGAAACGAUUACGAAGUUUAGAGAGGAAUGCGCGGGCUUGCUCUGGAAGCGAUAUGGAUUCCCACUGCCAGAGAAGUCUCGGGCUGGCAAGAAGAAGAUACAAGAUAAACUGGAGGUCAUGUUCACUCACGAGCGAGAGCUGCGAGAAAAUCUGUGGGCUGCCGUAGAGGAGACGUUGGCUGAACGGAAGAGGUGAUCUUAUGCACUCGGAGAUGGCAACCCGAUAGUAUAAAUACAAGUAACGGGCUUCCAAUCUGAUGGAAGUUGGCCUCGAAAGAAAUAACUUUUGGUAGCCAUACCACGAGUUAGUAAAUACAGUAAAUUAAAGUAAAGGAUAGCCA